AGCACCGGGUUUAAACCCGGUGCUUUGGUAAAAACCCAAUAAACACCCAUAAACUCCCAUAAUCACCCAAAAAAAUAGGUUUUUACGUAUUUUUUUGAAAAUAUGUAAGUAAUACCAAUAAAUUAUUUUUAUAAAUUGUAUUGAUCAAUUCUACAAUAUUAAAUAAAACGUUAACUAAUAAUAUUUCAGGAAAUUUUAAAAAUCUAUAUAUAAUAAAAUGAAAGUAAUUAAUUUUCAGUGUUUUCAUGUUGCAGUUGAUCAACAUGUUGGCCUUUUGCUUCCCGUAGAUACUUUAAAAUUUCUUCAUAACACCUCGUUCGCACACAUGGCCGUAUAUAUUUAAAUUCUUGAGCCACUAACAGUCCGAAAUACUCAUUUCUUUUAUCCUCUUCUCCAUAAAUUAAGCAUUUAGAACAGUUUGUUUCUUCUUUCAGUAAAUUUUCUUUUACUUUAUCCUCGUUUUUUUCUUUGUUGCGACGACGCUGGGUAAAUCAUCUGGACACUGGGUCUCACUAUCGCCAAAUAUAUUUGGAGAUCGGCUUCGGCUACGGCUUGGCAGACAUUUUUUUCUUUCUACAAUUUUAAAUUAAAUUUAUUAGAAUAAAUGCUUCGAACACACGCGAUCUAAGUACCUUUUGUGUUUAUUAUACCUUACCUACCUAGGUAUAAAAAGAGUACUUACGUAGAUUUUCUUUUAUUAACUGUUUUAUACGAAGAUCUUGAUCUCUCAAAUUAGCAUCCAUUUUACUUCCAGUGAUUAUCAACUAAAUUAAUAAUCCACAAAGUAUUAAAUAACGUUUUUAUGAAAUAUUUAGCACAAAAACAAUACCCUUUAAAUAUCGAUCGUCAGUAACUGUGGCUGACUUACCUAUAUUCUAGCAAGCAGGACUGCCAGAUGUGAAGGGGAAAUCCCCAAUAAAUUGUUGCAUGUGACUGAUGAUGUGAGCAUGUUCGUUUCAUAAUAAAAAUGUUGCCAGGUAACCAAAAAGUCGUAUGUUUUUGUGCGAAUUACGAUCAUAAUCUUUACGAUCGUACAUUAAAAAAUAGACAAAUAAUAGUAUGAGUACGAUUUAAAUCGUAUAUCUGUCAACCCUGCUAGCAAGACAGCGACAAAAUCACGUUGCAUAACAAUGUAGCCCAAGCUUAUAUCUUAUGAAAUAUACGGAAGAGAUACGGACUUAGAAAAAACAGAAAUGUUGUUCUUUGUGGAAGUCAUUGAUGAAAUUCUAUGUAUUUUAGCCCGCAAACUUUCUUCAAACAAAAACAGCGCCAUCUAGUAUCGAGUUCUGUAAUUAUCUCUUUGUUUAUGGAUUUGAAGUAAGACCGCCACGCAUGCAAUACAUUAUGACUGGGGAUUCCCCUAUUCGUCGACGCUGAAUAUGAGGCGACGACAAUCACUGUCAAACGUGUUCACUAUUACUCUGACUCUGGUAACGUGACUUCCUGGUAACGUGUUAGGUAGGAAAAGCAGUAAAAAAGUGCAUAUUAAGGGAGCAGAUUUGAAAUAAUAUUUAUACUUAACAAGAAAUAAUUAAAGGUUCAAUGGGGAGACCUAAAGAUUUACGCAUAUGGGAGCACUACCGUACUUUACCAAACAAGUCUGUUUCUUGCAAGCUUUGUAAUAAGGUCUACAAAUUCAGUAAUGCUGCCAAAAUGCUUCAACAUCUUAUCACUUGUCCAAAAUCUCCAGAAACAUUAAAAGACUCUAUGAAACUUAUAAAAGAUAGCUCGUCCAAAACCAAAAUGUCUGGACUGUCAGAGAUAGAGACAAAUGAUUCUUUUAUAAGCCCCUCGUCGUCUGCUAACACUACAAUAAAUGCUGAGUUUCAAGACACCGAUGAUCAUAUAAAAACAGAAUUAGCGAGAGCUAUAUUUGUAACAGGGACGCCAUUAUCGAUGGUGCAACAUCCUUUAUGGAUACAAUUUUUCGAAAAAUUGCAACCAAAAUUUAAAAUACCUUCACGUAAAGCUUUAGCGACAAAAUACUUAGAUAAAAUAUAUAGAGAAAUGCGUUUUGAGUUAAAUGAGGAACUAAAUGCUUGUAGUUACUUACACCUUCAGUGCGAUGGCUGGUCUAAUUUAAGAAAUGAAGGAAUAAUAAACUUUCUUAUAUCAAAACCUCAACCUGCAUACGUUAAAAGUUUGAAUACAGAAAGUAAUCCUCACACUAGUGAAUACCUUAGCCAAGAAGUUGAAAAAGUAAUGAAAGUGUAUGGAGCAAAUAAGUUUCUUGUACUUAUUGGCGAUAACGCUAGAAAUAUACAAAAGGCAUUCGAAUUAACAAAACUCAAAUAUCCACAUGUUGUUCCUCUCGGUUGCUGUGCACAUAUCCUUAACUUGUUGUGCCAAGAUAUUGUAAAGAUACAAGAAGUAACUGUGUUUAUUAUGCAAGCCAUAAAUAUAAUAAAAACUGUUAAAAGGAGUCAACGAUUAAGUUCCUUGUUGAUAAAAUCAAGGCAGGGUGAAGAUUCUACACAAACACUAAAAUUGCCUUGUGCUACAAGAUGGGGAAGUCAUGUUACUUCGUUAAAAAGUUUGAAAGCAAAUAAGAUAGCUUUGCAAAUAUUAACAGUUAGAGAAGAUGUGGUAAUUUCAAGAGAUAUUAAAGAUUUAAUUCUAAGUGAUGAUUUCUGGACGAAGACAGGGGAAUGUAUAAGUAUUUUGGAACCAGUCACUGAAAGCAUAUUUUACUUAGAGAGCGACCAGAAUCGUUUGCAUCGCACAUACAUUACAUUUAGAGAUGUACAAGCUAAGAUACGUUUUGCAUUAAAUGAGAUUUCGACAUUGAGCGAAGAAAGCAAACAGCAGAUUCUAACAUCAGUAUCUUCAAGAUGCAAUAUGGCAAUGAGGCCAAUACAUUUUGCAGCAUAUAUUCUAGACCCCAGGACUCUAGGAGUCGAACUUACUCAAGAGGAAGAACUUAAGGGUAUGGAGUUUAUCUACAAUUUAAGCCAACACUUAAGUUUGUCAAAUGUAAUGGCAGAUUUGGCGUGUUAUAAAGCUAAAGAAAACUUUUGGGCCAGAGGAUUUGUAUGGAGCUCAUUAGAUAGCAUUGAGCCCCUAAUAUGGUGGAAAGGUAUUUGUGGUUCCACUGAGUUAAGCAAAGUAGCGAUUCGUAUUCUAUCAGCUCCCUGUACUUCGGCAGCCAUUGAGCGUUCCUUUAGUAUCCAAGGCUACAUACAUAAUAACAAAAGAAAUCGACUUACAACUGAAAGAACUGAAAAAAUUUCAUUCAUUUGUUAUAACUGGAAUCUUAAACAUAAAGCUGAAUGCGAGGACAUUCAGUUUAAUGAAGAAAAUACCUUAGAAGCUUUCAUUGAGCAAGUAAAUGAACAUAACAGUUUAGACGAAAUAGAGCCUAUCGAACCUAUACAAUUCAUCGCUUGUAAUAACUCUGAAUCUGACAGUGAUUGACUGUAGUUUUACAUUUUACUUUCAUCUCUUUCUUAAUAAACUCAAAAUCAAAUUAAAAGUUUUUUAUUCUGUAGGCUGCAUAAUAAUAUUGUCUAUGUCCAGUAUAGUGGACGUCUUGCGGCUGAGAUGACGAUGAUGAAGUACAAAAUCAUAAACACCCAAAAAUUUGGGUGUUUAUGGGGUUUAAACCCAAUAAACCCAAAACACCCGGUUUUUACCCACCAGACUUUAAACCCACCCAGGUGGAUUGCC